AUGUCGACCGUCAAGCUCGAGUACGACGCGAAGGGCAUGCCCUUCCGACGCCUUGGCCCCAGUGGUCUGCGAGUCCCCGUCUUCUCUCUCGGUGGAUGGCUGACGCUCGGCGGAACCGUCGUCGGCGAUCCCGUCAAGGAAAUCAUCAAAGUCGCCUUCGACAAUGGCAUAAACAUGUUCGACACCGCCGAGGGGUACGCCUCCGGCAACUCCGAGAUCGAGAUGGGCCGCGUGAUCAGGGAGCUCGGUCUCCGCCGCACCGACCUCAUCAUCACCACCAAAGUCUUCUUCGGCUGGCGCAAGAUCAGCCCCAACGACACGGGUCUCUCGCGGAAACACAUCAUCGAAGGCACCAAGGCCUCCCUGGAGCGUCUCGGGCUGGACUACGUCGAUGUGCUCUUUGCGCACCGUCCCGACUCCACCGUUCCGAUGGAGGAAACCGUCCGUGCGUUCAACUGGGUCAUUGACCAGGGCUGGGCAUAUCACUGGGCAACGUCCGAGUGGUCGGCGCGAGAGAUCGAGGAAGCUUACCACGUCGCUGACAAGCUGGGUCUGCAGGGGCCAAUUGCUGAACAAUGCCAGCACCACAUGUUCCACCGCGAGCGGCCAGAGAAGGAAUACGCACCUCUCUACAGCAAGUACCAGAUCGGCACAACCGUCUGGUCUGCACUCGCCAGCGGUCUGCUCACAGGAAAGUACAACAACGGCAUUCCCGAGGGCUCGCGCUUCGCGGACCACAAAGACUUCUUCAAGGACACGCUCAACAGCCUGACCGAGGAGGAUGGCAAGAAGAAGCUUGACAAAAUCCGUGCGCUGUCCGACUUUGCCGAGCAAGAGCUCGGCUGCAAGGUCGCCCACCUCGCGCUCGCGUGGAUCGCCGUGAACCCGAACACGAGCACCGUCAUCCUCGGCGCGUCGCGCCCCGAACAGGUCGUCGAGAACCUCAAGGCACUCGAGGUCAUCCCCAAGCUGACGCCCGCCGUGCUCGAGAAGAUCGAGGAGAUCCUACAGAACAAGCCCGCGCCUUUGCCGUUGUAUAGCAGGCCGGUCUUGGACCCUUUCGGCAGGCGAUACUAG